CUACAUCACAAAACACGUAGCCACCAAAAAAAUAUAUUUUCCACAUUUCUCACUUGGCAACCAAUCAGAGAGAGAGAGAAAGAAAGAAAAGGAAUUAGGAGGAGGCUGGGGAAAUGGCACACGCUAUGGCUUCAAUGGCGGGUCUACAUGGCUCUUCGCAGGCAGUUUUGGAAGGCAGCCUCCAGCUAAGCGGUUCGACCCGCUUGAACGUCGCGGGCGGAAUCCGAGUUUCGGUCAACAGGCCCGGGUUCACUGUCAGGGCCCAACAAGGGUCCACUGAGCCCGAGACCACCGGCCGUCGGGCUAUGCUGGGCCUUGUCGCCGCAGGAUUGGCUGCUGGGUCCUUCGCUCAGGUUGUGCUUGCCGAGGCCAAGUCCAUCAAAGUCGGGCCACCUCCCCCUCCCUCCGGUGGAUUACCUGGAACCUUGAACUCUGACGAGCCGAGAGACCUUAACCUGCCGCUGAAGGAGAGGUUCUUCCUGCAGCCACUGACCCCGGCUGAGGCAGCGCAGAGGGCGAAGGAAUCAGCCAAGGACAUUGUUGGUGUAAAGGAAUUGAUUGACAAGAAGGCUUGGCCCUAUGUCCAGAACGAUCUGAGACUCAAGGCCGAGUACCUUCGCUACGAUCUCAACACUGUCAUCUCUUCCAAGCCCAAAGAUGAGAAGAAGUCCCUCAAGGAACUUACCGGAAAGCUCUUCCAAGACAUCAGCAAUCUGGAUCAUGCUGCAAAGAUCAAGAGCAGCCCUGAAGCAGAGAAGUACUACGCCGAGGCUGUAUCUACCCUCAAUUCUGUUCUUUCCAAGCUUGGUUAAGAGGAGUUAAAUGUAUGUUAAUGUAAUCUUGUGUAUGACAUUUUGUUAAUUUGUAUGUUGUUUAAAAGGGAAUCUAGUCGGAAAUGACUCUUUCUGUAUGUUUCAGUUUGUGAUUUCUUCCUCUAAUUCGCGUGCCAGAACUAGACCUUGAACCU